AUGUCAGGCCAGGAAUCUGCUAAUCCGGCCCCCGCGACCAAGCCUACCUCGCUCCCAGAGCGCAGCGCGAACCCCGCCAGCGGCGACGGCAGUGCCCCUCCACCAGCAGAAAUCUCCAAGAACGCCGCAAAGAAAGCUGCGAAGAAGGAGAAGCUCGCUCAGGGGAAGGCAGGGAAGGCUGAUAAGGGCAUUGGUCACAGCGGAACGAAACAUGCGGCUGUAAAACCGGCGAAGAAGAAGGGUGAUGGCCCUGCGCUUAUUGGUAUAGACGUCACGAAGGAAGAUGAUUUUCCAGCAUGGUACCAGCAGGUGUUGUUAAAGGGAGAGAUGUUAGAUUAUUACGAUGUGUCAGGUUGUUUCGUUUUAAAGCCUCAUUCUUUUUUUAUCUGGGAGCAAAUCCAAAGCUGGUUCGAUGCCAAUAUUAAGAAGAUGGGCGUUAAGAAUUGCUCUUUUCCCCUUUUUGUGUCAGAAGACGUUCUUAAGAAGGAAAAAGACCAUAUUGAAGGGUUCGCAGCUGAAGUCGCAUGGGUGACUCACGCUGGCAACUCUGCUCUAGAAAAGAAAAUUGCUAUCCGUCCAACCUCCGAGACUGUUAUGUACCCAUACUACGCUAAAUGGAUACGAAGUCAUCGUGACUUGCCCCUUAAACUCAAUCAGUGGAACUCGGUGGUGAGAUGGGAAUUCAAGAACCCCCAGCCAUUCUUGCGCACAAGAGAGUUUCUAUGGCAAGAGGGCCACACUGCCUAUUUAACAGAAGCUGAGGCUCGCGAGGAAGUGCUUCAGAUUCUCCAACAUUAUGCCCACGUUUAUGAAGAGCUUCUUGCAGUCCCCGUCGUUCAAGGGCAAAAGACAGAUAAGGAAAAGUUUGCAGGUGGUCUUUAUACUACCACUGUGGAAGGAUAUAUCCCAGCUACGGGUCGUGGAAUUCAAGGAGGAACGUCUCACGGUCUAGGCCAGAAUUUCAGCAAGAUGUUUGGCAUAACUGUUGAGGACCCAUCGUCACGCCCUGAUGAGAAGAAACCACCACUCCACGUUUGGCAAAACUCCUGGGGAUUAUCCACCCGUACCAUCGGUGUGAUGGUUAUGAUCCAUGGUGAUAACCGCGGGUUGGUUAUUCCUCCGCGUGUCGCUGAUAUCCAGACCAUCAUCGUGCCUGUUGGCCUGGGUGUCAAGACUCCCGAUGAUGAACGUGCAUCAAUUAUGGCCGAGAUCGAUGCCAUAGCCGCUGUACUAUCGGCUGCCGGUGUCCGUGUUGAAGUUGAUAGGCGCGACGGCUAUACCCCAGGAUGGAAAUUCAGCGACUGGGAACUUAAGGGAAUCCCACUUCGUCUUGAGUUUGGCCCCGGAGAAUCCGCCGGUUCUUUCGUGACAACCUCCCGUCGUGACAUCGCCGGUAAAGACGGUAAAUCUUCCAUCCCAAUCAAAGAACUAGGUACCGCUGUCCCUGCGUUACUUGAAACCAUCCAAGCAGACCUUUACUCUCGUGCAAAGGCAUCAUUUGAUGAACACACCAAAUUAAUCACCAACUGGGACGACUUCUGCCCUGCUCUUAAUGCCAAAGAUAUGUGCGUCAUCCCACACUGUUUGACUGAAGAGUGUGAGGAUCAGAUCAAAGAAAUGAGUGCCAGAAAGGCGGAAGAGGAAUCUGGCGAAGAGCAAGAUGCCAAAGCACCUAGCAUGGGCGCUAAGAGUUUGUGUAUUCCAUUCGAUCAGCCUAAAGGAAUCGAACUUGGCGUAACUAAGUGUACUAACCCCAAGUGUGAGCGGACUGCUGUGAAGUGGUGUAUGUUCGGACGAUCAUAUUAA